AUGGCGGCGGCGGCGGCGGCGCCGACUACGGUGGUGGUGGACGCGCGGUACUGCGCGCCGGAGGCGACGGCGUUCGCGGUGGCGAGGGUGAUCGGCUCGACCGACCGCGACUUCGCCGUCACGGACGCCGCCGGCGCGGUGGUGAUGCGCGUGGAGGGCGCCCUGUUCAGCUUCCGGAGGCGGACCACCCUCCUCGACGCGGCUCGCCGGCCGGUGCUCACCAUGCUGGACUCGACCUACCUGAUGAGCUCGAGGUGGGACGUCUUCAGGGGGGACAGCUCCAGCCGCCGGAGCCUGCUCUUCACCGCCGUCAAGGAGUCCGUCGUCCAGGUCAGGACCAAGAUCUUCGUCUACCUCGCCGGCUACCGCUCCGCCGAGCAGGUGCCCGACUUCGUCGUCGGCGGCAGCUACUACAACGGCGCCUGUACCGUCUUCGCCGGCAACUCCGACUCCGACGACAACGCCAUUGCUCACAUCACUCGUCAAAAUUUGGCGGGUACAUUGCGUGGAUUGACAAGGCACGUAUAUACAGCUAGGAUCAACCCAGGCAUAGACCAGGCAUUCAUCCAGUCACUCGCUGUGAUCUUGCACGAAAUGCAUCACUACUAGUUGGCACUUUGAACGCUCAGUUGCCGCCAUUUUUUUCUUUCUUUUACUAUUUUCUUCAGUACAGACUAAAUCAGUAAAUGUAUGUCCUUUAUUUAUUUUUUUCUGAAUCCAACUGCGUUCAAUAAAUG